GUAAAAUUGAAUUUUUCGUAUUGUAUUCAAUUGUAAAAAUUUCAAAAAAAUGUUUUCAUACAUACUUUUACUUACAUUUAUGUUAGCCAUACACCCGGGCAGUGGGGAAUGGCAGCUGGUAUGGGAGGACAACUUCGAUGGGGACUCACUGGACCCGGACAAGUGGUCGUACGAGACGGGAGCCGAACCCAAUUGGGGUAACCAUGAGCUCCAGUAUUACACGGAGGGUAAGACCCAAAACGUGAGGGUAGAGGGCGGGCAUCUGGUGAUUGAGGCGCACCCGCAAAAUGUGGACAAAAGUCACUUCACGUCGGGACGCCUGGACUCGACCGAGACGUGGACUUACGGCCGGUUUGUCAUCAGCGCCCGACUCCCGAAGGGAAAGCACUUAUGGCCCGCCAUAUGGAUGAUGCCUAAAGAGGAUACUUAUGGGGACUGGCCGGCCAGCGGUGAAAUCGACAUAAUGGAGUCUCGGGGCCAGAAGAGCGAUACGGUGGAGGCGACCGUCCAUUACGGCGGUCCCUAUCCUAACAACUCGUUCAGCGGGAGUCCGGAGACUAAGUUCUCGGACUUCAGUACCGCUUUCCAUGCGUUCGCCUUUGAAUGGGACGUCAAUGAGAUGCGCUGGUAUGUGGACGACAAGGAGUACUUCAAGGCCAAUGUGCACCGGGAUCUCUGGUCCCAUAAGGGCAAGAACCCGUACACCAAGAUUGGACAGCCGUUCGAUAAGCCAUUCUAU